AAGCAAACAUCAGAUUAGAUGUGAGAUUGGCGCCUUAGGAUUAGGCAUUGGUGGACAGAUGUAGGGUACCACUGGUGCACCACAUCUUCUUUGCUCAUCAUUCAAUCCUUCAAUUCCAACUGAACAACAAGACCACUCUUUUAUUUCAUUGAGAGGUAUCAACAUACCAUCCAUCUCAAUAUUGAGUUCAAGAUGGAUUUCCUUCAGGUAUAACUAUUCCAGUCAUAUUCCCAUUGAGCCAUUUUAACAAAUGCUAACUAUGACUUUUCAGCGCCUUGCGCGUUUCCUUGACAGGCCACUAUUCCCAUGGAAGAAGCUCAUCGUUGGAUUCUCUCUCGCACAAUACCUUUUCGAAGGGUUUCUGUCUCUCCGCCAGUAUCAAAUCUUAAAACAAACUCGUCCUCCCAAGGUCCUCUCAAAUGAAGUCUCUCAAGAAGUUUUCGACAAAAGCCAGGUAAGUCAUUCAAUCUCAGCCUUACCAUCUCCCCACCACCCACUGACCUCCAAAAGGCCUAUGGACGCGCAAAAGCACAAUUCGGUUUCGUAGCAGGACUCUAUGGACAAAUUCAAAACACGGCAUUCAUUUAUUUCGACGUUCUUCCCAAGCUUUGGGAUCUCACUGGAUCAUGGCUUUUACGGUUUGCACCCGCUCGAUUUACCGGUGAAAUUUCUCACUCCAUCGUCUUCGUUCUUACUUUUGUUAUAAUUCAGCAAAUUCUUUCGCUGCCUACUUCUAUUUAUCAGACUUUUGUACUAGAGGAGAAGUUUGGUUUUAAUAAACAGACGCCUAAGAUCUUUGUUAUGGAUAUGUUGAAGGGACAAAUGUUGGCAUUCACUUUGACUCCACCAAUUCUCGCUGGUUUCCUUACUAUUAUCCAAAAGACUGGACAUCAAUUCUUCUACUAUUUAUGGUUGUUCGGUGCUGGGCUCCAGGUUUUCAUGAUUACCAUUUAUCCAAUUACGAUCUUGCCCUUGUUUAACAAGCUUUCCCCUCUCGAACCUGGAGAAUUGAAGGAUGGCGUGGAGGCUUUGGCUAAACGAUUGAAUUUCCCUCUUCACGAAUUACAUGUUAUCGAUGGCAGCAAGCGCAGUGCUCACAGCAAUGCUUAUUUCUUUGGUUUGCCAUGGAAGAAGCAUAUUGUCAUCUAUGAUACUUUGAUCGAGAAGAGCGAUACACAAGAAAUUGUUGCUGUUCUUGCACAUGAACUCGGUCACUGGAGUCGCGGACAUACUACAAAGCUCUUUGGGAUCUCCCAGGUAUGCAGACUUGAGGUUGUUAUUACGACUUAUUGUUAACUUUUUACAGGCCCAUUUCUUCUACAUCUUCUCCCUAUUCUCCGUCUUCAUCAACAACCAUUCCUUGUACCAAUCCUUUGGUUUCCACAACGAAUUUCCAAUCAUUAUCGGUUUCAUCUUAUUCUCUGACGCGCUUGCCCCUAUGGACACAGUCAUCAAGCUCUUGAUGAACAUCCUGAGUAGAAAGUACGAGUUUGAAGCAGAUGACUUCGCACAAGGACUUGGAUACCAGGCUGAGCUGGCUCGUUCAUUGAUCAAAUUGCAGAUCCAGAAUUUGAGUACUAUGGAUGCGGACUGGAUGUAUGCGAGCUACCAUUUCUCGCAUCCAAUUUUGUCGGAGAGAUUAGGUGCUCUAGGAUGGAAGUCGAGUGGUCCAGUUGCACCAGCAGCUGCUAAGGAUGAGAAGGUUUCAAACGAUGAGAAUGUCGCAAAAGCUAGUGGUAGAGAACUGUAGAUGUACAGUAUAGACUGAUUUAGAAGAAUCCUGUUAACCUCGCUAAAACGCAUCAAAAAUUUGUGACUUGUAGU